GCGGAUCGGAUCGGAGUUUUCUCUCGCAACGAAAAGUAAGAAAAAGCGUGAAAACGUUACUUCAUUCGGUGAAAGGUUUCUGAAAAUAAUGGCUUCUGGAAAAGUUCUAAUCUACGGUGGCCGCGGAGCUCUCGGAGCAUCCUGCGUGCAGUUUUUCAAGAAACACAACUGGUGGGUCGGAUCGAUCGAUCUUGCGGUAAACGAAGCGGCCGAUGCGAACAUCGUCGUCGACCGUGACGCCGAUUGGGUGGCACAGGAAACUGCCGUCCUGUCGAAGGUCGGUGCCGAGCUGAAUGGCGCGCCGCUCGAUGCUAUUAUCUGCGUUGCCGGUGGCUGGGCCGGCGGCAACGCCAAGAAGGAUCUGGCCAAGAAUGCCGAUCUGAUGUGGAAGCAAUCGGUCUGGUCGUCGGCCAUCUCGGCCACGGUCGGUGCGAAUCAUCUGAAGCCCGGUGGUGUUCUGGUGCUAACCGGUGCCAAUCCGGCGCUGGAAGGAACGCCCGGAAUGAUCGGCUAUGGAAUGGCUAAGGCCGCCGUGCACCAGCUGACAAAGAGUUUGGCCGGUGAAAAAUCCGGUCUGCCCGAGAACUCGCUCGUCGUCUCGAUUCUGCCCGUCACCCUCGAUACGCCGAUGAACCGCAAGUGGAUGCCGGAUGCGGACAUGUCGACCUGGACACCACUCGAGUUCCUUGCUGAACUGUUCCACAAGUGGACGAAGGGCGAGGAGCGCCCGGCCAACGGCAGUCUGGUGAAGCUGAUUACCAAAGAUUCCAAAACCGAGCUGGUAAUCGUUUAGACCGCGGGAUGUCCCACCUUUCGAAUCUUUCGCUGUAACUGUGCUCUCUUCAUUCCUCUCUUUCUUGGCGCACGGUGGAUUCGCUCUUUGGCCCACGGUUAUCGCCACAUUAACCAUUCCAGAAAGCGUAAAAGGUUGCUUCCGGUUACGAAACCGUAUUUAUUGUCCUUGUUGUUGUGGUGCACGUUCGUUUGAGACAAACGUUGGUAGAGUACAGUUUAUUGUUGAAAAUGUUAAUCACAUGAUCUGUUAAAAUGUCCGUUUUCGGCUUGCAACAACGAUCCAUAGU